AUGCCACCAGCAGCAGAUGCUAAAUGGAUUAAGUUUUUGGUGGUUUGCUUGAUAGUGGCAUUUCUGGUGUUAUUUUUUCUAUUUUAUAUCAAUCGGAUAUUUGCAAGCUUCUUAUCUCGGUUGAUACGAAUAUAUACUUGGCGAAAAUAUCGUGCUUACAUUGAAAUUGAAUCAAUACAAUUCGCUCCUCUUGCUGGACGAAUAUUAUUUAAAAAUGUAAAAUAUCGAUCAAUAAAUCAAUCAUUUUUAAUAUUGAAAGGACACGUAACUGUUCGAUAUUGGCUAUGGAAAGUUCGCAAGGAAUGUCAAAGCCAAGAUAAUAAUGGUAGCAAUGCUACCGAUAAUGUUCUACCUUGUCGGAUCGUAUGCUGUUUACAAGGAGUUGAAUGGUUUGCAUACAACAGAACACCCGCAUAUGAUGCUGUAGAUAGUAUCAUAAAUAAAGCACUUAAUAGUGAAGUUCAUUCUGACCGUACGAGUACUUCGAACAUGAUCCGAAAUGAAACUGAAGACAUUACUGUUAAUCUCAAUGGUAACGAUAUGGAAUUUUCUGAAGAGUCUUUCUUUCAAAAGUUAUUACCGAUCGAGAUAGAUCUCGAAAAUGGUUCCAUCAUCUUUGGCAAUGCAAAUACACCUUCACUUCUCGUUGCGGAAUUUUCUCAAACUAAUGGCAUAUACACUGCAGUAAAGUCACGUUCAAGGUUUGAUUAUUACAAGUCGUUCAUUAAACUACAAUUUCGAGAGCCCAAAAUCCAUCUGAGAAGGAAUAUUGAUUAUAAAGAACCUACUUUAAGUACUGGAGCUCGUACGGAAGCAGAAAAUAUGUUUCCAAGGCAAACAUUUAAUGAAGGUUUUUUAUUCGAGUUUCAAAACUUUUACAAAAAAUAUCUUAUUUUUUGGAAACAAUAUGGACUUGAGGAUGAUGAAAACUCAAUAGAAUGGCAUGGCCUUCCCAGAUAUCCUUUUUACAAAGUGUCUGAUGAAUAUGCUAAAGUUUCGACUAUAUUAACCUGUGAUUUCCUGGAGAUGAUUUAUUAUGCUGAUGUAGUCGGCAAGGUUCCCCGUAAUCCUAUACCGAUUACUGAUAGUGAGGAAAUAGAUAUCGGAAAUGGAGAUUUGUCACCAGAAUGGGGGGUGGACUUAAUGUUUACAAGAGUUCAGCUGGAUUAUGGACCUUGGGCAGAUCGCCAAAGGAGUAUUCUUCAAAACUUUUUUUUCCCACCCGUAUAUCGUAAUGGAGAACAGACUAAGAAGCUAAGUCCUGGACAGGAUAGAUUGCAUACUUCAUUGAAGAUAUUGAUUCAGUUUAAGGGUCAAGUUACACUAAGAAUUCCUUUGAAGGAGGCGUCAAAGGAUUGGAAAUAUUCUAAUUCUGAAAGGAGAAUAGAAGAAUCACAAGGAAAUAAUAGGCCUUAUGGGUGGUUGGAAGUCAAAAUUAAUAAAGAUGAUGGUGAUGUCGUUGAUGACGUUGAUGAACACAACGAUUACAAUGAUGACAAUGAAUACGAUAAUGAUGACAAUGAUUCAUUCAUUAAUAUAUCAUUACCUAUGGUAUUCACAGAACAAGGAUAUUCUAAUUCUUUGGAAAUGGUACUGGAAAAUGUGGUAAUUCAGUCAAGUGUAAAUUUUUCUCAUUUACUAACUACGAAACAAUGCAAAUUAAAAUGUGAUUUAAAAAAUCCCUUAAUAUGGAACCAAGCUCGCAAAUGGAAUUUUGAUAUGUAUUUUACAGAUGCAAAAAUUUAUUUGUUAAGGGAUCAUAUCACUUUAUUACAAGAUUUAAUAAAGGAUUGGACUUCUGGGCCUUCUUUGGAUCAAUUGCACUUUAUUCCUAUGGAAUAUCAAUUUAAUCCGCGGUUCACAAAUUUUGAACUAUUUCUUUAUGUUAACGAGCACAAUAUAAUAAAUAAUCCAAUGGACAUUGAAGAUAAUGCAUUCAUUAUUAUAAAGGGACCACAAUUAGUUGCAGAAGUAGUGAUCCCUUUACUACACUAUAACCAAGAAAUUACUAAAAUUCGUUUUAAUGUUGAGAUCGAUAAGGGUAGAGUUGCUAUGUCGCCUCAGGUUUCUCAAACUCUUGGUGCUUUUUUGACAGGUGAUAGUAAGGAAUUUGUACAAAUGUCGAGUUUUAUGGUAGAGGGAACUUAUCAAUAUUACAGUUUUGUUCACCCUAGUCAUGUGGAGUCAUUAUCUUUAAUAAUAAAGGGAAAAGAAGUUAAUCUGAAGCUCUUUGGAUUUGUUAUUAGAUAUUUCUUAAUCCUUCAAAUGAAUUAUUUUGGUAACUAUAUCAAUUUUAUGACAUUGGAUGAGUAUACUAAACAUGAUCCAAAAAAUACAAAGAAACCUCAAGAAGUUGUUAAGCCUCCCGCAGAUCCUUUUGAAGUGUAUAUGAUAUUAAGUUUUGAAGAUGGCACUUUAAUAUUACCCGAGAAUUUAUAUAAUGCCGAUAAUUCCUCAACAAUACAAUUUCAUGAAUUACAAGUGGAAUUAAGAAAUCUUGAUAUUUAUAUGGACAUGGAUGUUACUGUUAGCCCAUUAAUGUGGACACUUAGUUCAGAUGCUAGCCUUAAAAAGAAUACGCUUAGGUCAAAGGUAUCAGGAGAAUCUAAUAACUAUUUAUAUAUUGAUGAUUUAAACAUUUAUGCCCAUAGAUUAUUCGGUCCAUUACCUAAAACAACAACGUACGUAUGCAAUUGGGAUAUAAAUAUAGGGACAAUAUCUGGACAGUUAAAACCCUCAUUUCUAUUAAGUGCAACUACGUUUGCAAAGACAUUUGUCUAUCACUUUGUUGAUAAAGAAAACGCGCUACCUGCGGAAUAUAUGAUUCCUCUCGACCCGGACGUUACUUUUUUAACUUUAGUUGUUAAAGAAGUUGACGUAUCAAUACGGGGUAGAGAUAGCUUAACACAAAUUCUGCUUACGGAAGGGUUAAACGUUAAAUUUGAUGAUCUGGCAAAUGCGAAAUACACCCAAAAAGUAAUAUUUAAUCUACCAGAUAUAAUGAUAAGGAGUUUAGCUAUGGCAGUAUCAUCAAUUGAUUCCUCAAAGGAUGUUGAAAAUUAUCCUUGGGUAGAAGUUGCAAGAUUUGAAUGUGCCUCUAACGUCACCUUAUACCACACGACUUCUGGAUGGCGCGAGAGAUUUGAAAGUCAACAAGCAUUUAUAAAAAAAGAAGACAGUGAAACUUUAAGGGUUCCAUUCCUUUAUGGAAAAGGUAAUAAUAAUCAAGAUUUACUAUCUAAUGGCCAACACUUUGGUUCUCUUUAUGUUCCUCCAAUGCCUCCACCCUUACCAGAUGAUAUGGAUGAUAGUACUAUAUUAUGUAACGAAAGUACGAAUUCAUCUGUGGUUGAUCUUUCCGCGAAUCAAUGCAGACGGGAUAUGUUGAAUCUUGGUCGUCGUUACGGUUUUAAAGAUUUUGAUAGUUAUGAUGAAGAAAGUUGGCCAAGACCAGAUGAUGACAGCUUCUCUAUUGAUGAAUCUGGUGUCAGUGUGUCUAAUGCUUCAUUUGUGACUGCAUCUGACGGUGAUGAGGAAGACGAAAUCGAUUUUAUUGACGAACUUUGUAACACACAUAUUAAAAUCGGUGGAGAUUCUGAUAUCGAAUACGAAGACGAAUUAGAUCAAUCACCUAUUUAUGAACCACAAUAUCCAAAUUCACCGCCAUUGCCACGAUCUAUUCCCUACGGAAAUUAUUUGAGAAGAUAUAAAGUGACUUCUAAAAGAUCUUCUCCGGCUCCUUUUUCAAGUUCAUUUCUUCGACCUUCACGUACAUUGUUUGAACCUGCUAGGUCAGAGAAACCUUUGUCUCCGGAUGACGAAAACAGCCAAAGCUAUAAGUCUUCGCCAUUUACAAAAACGAGGAGUUCAAGCACCGAAUCAUCCGAAGCUUGUCAACUCGAAGAUGAAAUAACGUCAUCACAGAACAAUGAUACCGAAGAAAAAUCAACAAUCAUAUUUGAAACAACAAAAUGUAUCAAAGUAUUUUUAACACCAAUUUUCUUAAAAAUUGUUAAAGAAUUCCUUGAGGCAAUCAAAGAUGAGAAUUGGAAUUUAGAAGCUAUGCUAGAUAAAAUUCAAAUAGAUUAUGUUGAUGAACUUACAAAAUUGUUUCCAUUCAAAUAUACAACUAUAAGAUAUGCUGUUUCAAUUCCUCGUGUGCACUUUCAUUUCAUACAAGAUGUUCUUCUUCCUGAUGAUUUAACAAAUGUAAACGAUGAACAUUCUGAUAUUAGAACAAGAUAUGACUUGACGGAUACCAUUUUAUGUGCGGCCGCAGACUUGAUUUUUGAUCAGGCUUUAUUAACGGGCCUGUUAAAAUUUGAAGAUAAAAAAUUUGAUAGUAAAGAUAAAAAAAACUUUCGUCAAUCCUUAGAGCUGAUUGAAUCGCGGGCCAAUAUUGACUUUGAUGCAUUAAAACUUAACGUGCGAUUCGUCGCUGGUUCCAAUUCUGUUGCUAUAUUUGGGAUUCCCGAGUAUUUGCAUCAAUUUAAAGAAUCCGGAUUUAUGUCUUCCGAUAUUUUGGAUAAUGAACCCGUUGUUUUGAUCGUCUCAUUAGAACAAUUUAAACUUAAAUGGUUGGGAUGUAUGCAACCUAAUUAUUUUUCCUUUGAUAUAGAUAAUAUUGGUUGUAUCUUUAUAAGUCAAUCCGCUGAAAUUUUAUUAGGUGGUAUUUAUUGGUGGUUAGUAUUUGCAGAAGAUCUAGCGAAUUUAUUGAAAAAAUUUCAAACGCAUCGAACUCGACAACAGCAAGUUUUAGUCUAUGAAAUUGCUAAAUUCUCGGAAAAAGCUAGAAUUGAAAGCGAUCCACCUUAUUUGACUCGCCCAUCUCAUGUUUUAAGAUUAGGAACCAAGAAUUUUAAAAAUGAUGAUGGUUGGAAAAUCCUUGGUCGUGUUAGACAUUGUAAGAGACUAAUGGAACGCGAACAAAUUGAUAAUUUACAUACCAAAUUGAAUAGUAAUAAUAGUGCUCCCUUGUUAUCAACGGAACCAAAUGAUAUGUAUGAACGAGUUGUACGCGUUUUUUCGGGGUGGAGACAUUGGGAAAUGGAAAAUUUGUCAAAUUGUAUUCUAUUCAUUGAACUAUAUCAAAAUCAAACCGAAAACUUGAAUAGAACGUCUAUUAAUACUAUGAAUAACAUUUAUCGAUUCUUAACAACUUCAACAAAUAUUGCUAAAGUGCGAAUUCAAAGUAUUUUUUUAUCCGUUUGGGAUGGACAAAAAGAGAAUUCUGUGACUGUUAACCCUAUAGAAUUAAAUUUGGAAACAACCUUUCAUAAGGAUAACUUUUCAUCUUCUGAGGUUACUCGAAAACAGACAGAUUUAAAUUCAAAUAACACGGAGCAAGAACCUUCUCAGAUUAUUACCGCUGGAAAUUUGGAUGUAAUUUUACGAAUUGGAAUUGAUCAUAUGGAAUUGUAUGUGAAUCCGGAUAUCCUUGCCUUUGCAAAGCAUUGGCUUGAAGUUCAUAGGAUAUUCAGUUCAAAAUUUCAAUCUCAACCUGAAGAAGUUGUUUCCUCUACAAAGGCACAUAAGCACAAGUCAACAACUACUAUCACUAGCUUUCAUGAUGUAAAAAUAUCAAAGAUCAAAGAAAAGAAACGCAAGGACACUGCCGAAUCAAUUUCAUCUGAUCCAAUAAGAGAUCUAUUGUCGCGUCUUAAUAUUUGUGCGCGUGGAAUUUUUGUUCUCAAAACAAUUAUUAUCAAAGCAUCGGUUCAAAAUCUUAUGGCACAAACUCAAUUAACAAACAUACAAGUUUCUAGUUGGUUGAAUAAUCCUCAAUUAUUGAAUUCUGGUGAAAAAUCAGAUUUAGAAAAUGUGUCAGUUAAUAAAAGUACUUUAUAUCCAGGAUCGAAAGGUAGUGGUAGCAAAGGUUCAAAUAUGUUGAUCUUCACAAUUAUUGCGGGUAUCGGACACAUAUUUGCUAGUAUUACUGAGAGCAGUUCAUCUGGCACCAAUAAUAACUUGUUCUCGAUAGAAUUCUCUAGAAUAAGUUCUAACACUUCACUUAGUUUAUUAACCCCUGGCCGACAAAAGAGUAAAAUUGAAAUUGAACCACGUAAAGUUUUAAACAUUUUAUUGACACUUGAAACGAUCUCGGUUAAAUUACCUCACAGUCUUUUAAAGUUAUAUCAUUUCUUUGAAGAAUGGAGAUCCGAAAACCUUUCCCGUUAUGACUUUUUGUACAAUAGACUGUUAGAUGAAUUAGAAGAAAAGCGAAAGUCAACUCCAAAAUAUAAACCCGAUAAUCGUGAAAUUCGUAUAUCAACGGAAAAGAAUUCGCGAAAUUCUUUGGAAAUAAGUUUUCAAUUCUUGAUGAAAAAAUUUUCAAUUCAAACUCAUAUGUUACCAUCUUUAAGAUUUCAUUAUGACGCAUGGGAUUUAAUUAUCUUGAUUGAAAAGCGUGCAUCAGUUCAUGGUGAUAGGUUGAUAAAUUAUUCUGGACAACUAAAAAAGCAAUUCAUUCAUUUUGUUACGAGGCAAAAAAACAAAUCCAAAUCUGCUGCAACAGUUGACGAAGAGACUAAUGAUAAUCAUCAAAAAGGUGCUUUUACUAUACCAGCAAUAAGAGCGACUGGUAACAUUAAACCAUACGAUUCUCGAAAAUCUUGUAUGUCUACUAAGAAAACGGCAGUUUCGCCUACUAGUUCAAUCCCACCUCACAAGUAUUCAAAACUCGAGUCUUUAGUGACAUUGGAUUUCGUUAAAUUAAAUCUAAAUGUGAACAUUAUUGAUAAUUUGUUGACGGCACACUCAACUCUUGGAAGUGAAUUGAAUGAUGUGCUGGAUAUGUUCCUGUUUUCGUCUAAAAGGCUUAAGGAACGUGGAGGUAAUUUAAAUGAGAAAGCUUCUACGUCUGUCACUGCAACUUCGCCUAAAGAAAACGAUAUAUUAUUUUAUAACUUAACAAUAUCUUUGAGGGGUCUCAGAAUAUCAGCAAUGAGUCCAACCGCCAUUGGAUUUUUUGAAACGAAUAUUCUUAAUGGCCUUAUUUCGAAUGUUCCCUUGACAGGUAUUGAAAAAUCCCCAAAGGUUCAAUGGAAAUUUUCUGCGCAGAACUUGUCUCUGUCAUUAAAUCAUAAUACUGGAGUUAUAAGUCAAGCAGAGGCUGAUGACGAUAUUCGUAAAUAUCGAAUCGCUUAUAUUAUGAUUGAUUUGGUAUUGCAAAAUUUCAAAACUCGAAAAGAAAAUUCUGAAUCUAUUAGUAAAUAUAAUGAGUGUGACGAAUCUAUCGAACCCUACUUUCUUAAGUUAUUAAAAGUUCACGCUGUAAUGCAACCAAUUGCACUCGGUCGUUUAAUGGAUCUGUACGUUUACUAUAGUGGCGAAUUAGAGCGUAGGAAAAAGAUGAAAGCGUCCGAUAUUAACAAAUUGACCGCUAAUACGCGAAGAAUUUUAAAUUCACUUGAUGUUGAGAUGCCUAAAUAUAAAUCAAAGAGUAAAUCUUUUUUGGAUGAGAAAGUUAUAUCACUUGAAGUAACAAGAUUUGCAAUUGCACUUCCUCUCGUUUUAAGUGAAGAUUUAAUAUCCACGGCUGCACAAAUUCCUGCAUUCCUUUUUUCAAUUUCUUCCAUGAAUUUCUUGACGAGAAAGUGGAAAUCUAAUUGUGCAAUUCUCAGAGAUUUGAGCCUUCAAUUUGUUACUCAAUUUGACCAAGGAAAUGAGAAUCAUUUUUCAUAUGAUUUUCAUACCAAAAUGAAUUUAAUAUUAAUUCCUGAAAUUUCUUGUGAAGGACAUACUACUGGUACGAUAGAUAAGAAAAAGGUUUAUGUUGAAUCAAGAGUAGAAGGUUUUGAAAUAGAUGUUGGUGGAAAUAUUGUUAAUCAUAUAAAUAGUCUUGGCGAGAUUUACGCAGCGAGUCGAGAAAGGUUAGAAACCUUCACCGCCGAAGCUAAUUUUAACCUUGGAUCUCAAUCACCGAAAUCUUCAGAGUCGGAGAAUGGUGAAUUAGAUAAUGGUUCAGGUUCUAACUUUAUUGAACUCGAAGUUGACGCUACGUUCACGGCCAAAAGUGGUACAAUAAAAUUAUAUCCAAAGAAUUAUUUUACAAAACAUCAUAGUAGAAGACCGACCGGAAGCAAAGUUCAUGAUCGUUCAAGAUCUGCACGUGGUUCCCAUGGAAGCAUUGCUUCUAUUCCUCUUCCACGUCUUAAUUUAGAUGGAUUGUCCAAUUAUGCUCCUACAAAUUUAGAUGAUUUGACAAGGCAAGGAGAACAUGGUAUAGAUAUCAUAGUAAUACCAGGUCUUAGUUUAAAUACCUUUUACCGCACGACAAUCGGACAAAGGGUCGUCGUUCCUUCUUCAGAUUCAUUAACAAAGAGAGUUCAUGUUGAACUUAUAAUUCACCCAAGUAAAAAUAUGUUUUACCCUUCACUGGUACCAUUUUUUAAAGACAUUAUUGAUGGUCUGAAGAUUGGAGUUCAACGAUCCAGUGAUAAAAAAGCAAUCGCGGUUCAGGAAAGUUCAUCUUCAAUUCAAGGCAUGAACAUAACAUGUUAUUUCAGACUUUCACGUACUACGUUUGACCUUAGCUGUCAGCCUGCUUCUAAAGUUCUUUGUUCUUUAAAAUGGGAAGAAGGAAAUUUUCUUAUUUCCUCUAAUACUGCUGAAGAAGCAGCUCAAAGUGUAACGUGUGUGGGAAAGAUUAGGGGCGCAUCUGGAAAUAUUCGCCAUUCAUUUUCUCCUGAAGAUUGUGUUAAAGCCGAGACAAAAGACAUUUCCUUCAAUGCAACUUUAAUGAGCAGAAGAACGGAAAGUGUCUCUGAUGAUUCUAUUUCUAUAAUCGUCGAACUACCGCAAAUUGCAGCGGAUUUAAACAUCCGUCAUCUUCAAGAUUUAUUACUUUUAAAGACCAUCUGGAUCGAUCAAGCUACGAAAUUAUAUGAAGUCAGUAGUUUAAACUCUCAGCAACCUUCUCGACCCGUAAGCGGUGAAGAUAUUAAUGGGGGUAAAGCUCCAUUAUUUCCAUCAUCACCGACACGCUCUAUCACUCCAUUAUCAGAAAAUGAAACAAAGGUCAAACCUUACUCGGUUUAUGUGAUAGUUAAGUUGAAUCAACUAGAUUUAUCCAGCGAUUUAGGUCAAGCGAUCGGAAAAAUUCGAUUUAACACUAAAAACAUACAAGUUUGUACGAAAAACGUUCCCGGAUCGUUGAAAGAAGCUACCGCUUCUAUAGAUAAUCUUGAUAUUCAAUGUGAAGGUCGUCUCACCGGUUCCGCCAACAUGAAAGGACUUACAUUUACAACAAUUUUAGGAAUUCCUCCAAGUUCAGAAACGGAUGGUUUAACUUGUGUGACAAAUCUGUUGUUUAAAACCGAAAGAAUUCAAUCUUCUUUGGAAUACGAAUAUCAAAAAAUUUUGGUACUGGACGCUGACCCAAUGCAAUUUAAAUUAGCAGAUAGUUGGAAAAUUAUUUCGCCCGAAAAAGCAUCGGUUUUGAUACAUGCGAAAGUUUCUAUUAAACGUAUUCAAGCAAUUGUUUCUAUUAAAACGAUACCAGUUUUCCUUUAUAUGAUGAAUAAACUUUUAAAUUUAGUGGAAGAAAAGAGAAUUUCUGCCUCUAAUGUCAUAUCAAAUUCUAAGCGAUCAUCUCCUUUGAAUCCAAAUUCUCAAUCGCAAACAAUCGAACCUAAUAGACUUACCUUACCAGAAACGAGUUUAAAGUCUUCCUCUUUCAAAGAGUUAUCAGUUGGUGGGCUAUUUGUUUAUCCGGUAGGAAAAAUAACGAUAGCGAUGGAGAAAGUACAUUUAACUAUUUUUCCAAAUCAUUUCCAUGAUACAGAUUGCGUUCAGACCAGAUUUGAUGGACUUCUUGUGGAUAUGAAAAGAUCGAUUAGAGAAGAUAAUCGUAUUAACAGGGAACUUGAUAUGCAGCUUAAUGGUAUUGCAUUAUUAAAAAGCAAUUGUAAGAAAUUAAAUCACAAACAUGAAAAGUCAUUCACAUUUCAAAAUUGGUUUGAUCAUGUUGAGACCACCUCUUCAAAGAAUAUUUUCACUCUUCCGAAUACUCAUUUAAUAAUGGAUACCACACAAGGUAUUGAAAGUAAUAUUGUGGAUCAUAAGUUUGCCGUUGAUUUUAAAGGAAAAGUUGAUGUAGCUUUAAAUUUUGGAUUAAUAAGAUAUCUUCAAGAAUUGGGAGCAUCAUACAAAGAACAAUUAAGAAAGAAUGCAGUUGGUACAACCGGAGAACUUCCUAGAUCACCAAUUAUUCCAAUUGUAACCCCUUUAACUCCUGGUUCAACACCUAUUGAAUUUUCUAAAUCUGAUUCUUUGAUACAAGUUCAAACCUCACCAACAUUACCUGAAUCACCAAAAGAGUUGAAAGCAAUUCAGUUCAAUGAAAAUGAAGAUUCAAAAGAAUCAAAAAAGAAGGAUGCUUUUAUUUUUAACCCAAUUGAACCAGUAAAAUUGGAACCACAAUUAAGAAUUUUGGGAGAUGCCACACCUCCACUAGAAUGGGUUGGAGUUCAAAGGGCUAAAGUUCCAGGAUUCGUUCAUACGGAAAUCACAAUGAAUUUAGAUGAAAUUAUAAAUCAAAUUACUAAUGAAUCAGUCAAAGCAGCCAAAGCAUUAUUAUAA